AUGCCAUCCGAUACCUGUACAUUCUGCUUGAAAGAUGAUCCAAACAAAUAUCUUUGGGUUCAAUGCGAGUUGUGCGACCAAUGGGUACAUGUUACUUGCAUUCCGAUAAAAUAUUUGACAAGCGAGGUUGGAGAUACUAUGGCAUCAUAUCCCAAAAACUCAAAGGAGAUCAAACGCUACACCUGUACAAGACACGGAGAUCCGCUAUUGGAGGUACGGCAAGUUGGAAAGAAACGAAAAGUUGAGAACCAAGAGCAUGCAGAUGUCGUUCCCAAAAGACAUGGAUUGCGCAGGAAGAAACAAGUUGAUUACAUCUCUUUGAAUGAGGGCGAAGCCAAGCGGCUGAAAAAUGAACAUCCACAUAUACCUUCGUUUCUGGCUUGUUUUGCUCGGUGGGAGAAUAAGUCCAACGUUAUGAAAAGCUCAGAUGUGGAACGGCAAUUUGAAACCAUCAACAUACCGCUAAAGGUUGAGGACCCUGAAAACUCAGGAAUGCAAUUGCCUACUGGACCUGAUGGACAAACCCUUACUGUCGAUGCAAUUACGAAAUUUCUGGGAGACGAAAGUCGUGUGGAUGUUAUGGAUGUUCAAUCGCAGCAGAAUUCCAAUUGGACCAUGGCGCAGUGGAACAAUUACUUUACAGACAGCUCUCCCGAAACUCGAGAUCGUGUCCGAAACGUAAUUUCUUUGGAGGUAUCACACGUUGACAAGUUUAAGAAAGAGUUGCGCCGGCCGCGAGUGGUAGAAUCGAAGGAUUUAGUGAAUCUAGUCUGGGAUGCCAUCCCUAACGACACCGAGAGACCUAAAGUUACAAAAUAUAUCUUGAUGUCGGUUGAAAACGCAUAUACUGACUUCCACUUAGAUUUUGCUGGGACUUCUGUGUACUACAAAGUUGUCUCUGGAGCCAAGAAAUUCAUUUUAUUUCCACCUACUGCCCAUAAUUUGGAUUCAUAUACCGCAUGGUGCGACAGCGAUCACCAAAAUCUUAUAUUCUUGGGAGAUGAGCUCGAACAUGGCGUGGCCAUGGAAUUAGGCGCGGGUGAUCUUUUUAUGAUUCCUUGCGGAUAUAUCCACGCAGUUUACACACCCAAAGACUCACUUAUAAUAGGUGGCAACUUUCUAACGCUGCGAGACCUCGAAACCCAACUACAGAUAGUAAAGAUCGAACAGCGUACGAAGGUGCCCAAGAAAUUCACAUUUCCGAAAUUUGACGCAGUGAUGGGUAAAACUUCCGAGUGGAUGCUUUUGCAUCCAGAAUUGAUUGACAAUAAUAGUAAACAGCGGCAGCUCGAAACCCUAAUUGCGUUUUUGAAGGAUUCCAAAGCCAAAUACAAGCCGGUGAAUUUCUUAUCCAAGAAAGACCUUGUAAAACAACUUCAAAAUGAAGUUACUAAAUUGAAAGCUGAUACGAACUAG